CGCGCAGGGGGCCCGCGGAGCUGCGGUGGCGGCGAGAGGCAGAGCGAGCCCGUCGGCCGCGGGCAGACCCGGCGGGAACGGAGGAAGCGGUCAUGUCUCGCUACACGAGGCCCCCCAACACCUCCCUGUUCGUCAGGAACGUCGCGGACGCCACCAGGCCUGAGGACUUGCGCCGUGAGUUUGGUCGAUAUGGCCCUAUAGUAGACGUUUACAUUCCACUUGACUUCUACACCCGCCGCCCAAGAGGAUUUGCUUAUGUUCAAUAUCCUUUAUUUUACUUUCUAGUCAUAUUUGAAGAUGUUCGUGAUGCUGAAGAUGCUCUUUAUAACCUCAAUAGAAAGUGGGUAUGUGGCCGUCAGAUUGAAAUACAGUUUGCACAAGGUGAUCGCAAAACACCAGGCCAAAUGAAAUCAAAAGAACGUCACCCUUGUUCUCCAAGUGAUCAUAGAAGAUCAAGAAGCCCCAGCCAAAGGAGAACUCGAAGUAGAAGUUCUUCAUGGGGAAGAAAUAGGAGACGGUCUGAUAGCCUUAAAGAGUCUCGACACAGGCGAUUUUCUUACAGCCAGUCUAAAUCUCGCUCCAAAUCACUACCAAGGCGUUCUACCUCAGCAAGGCAAUCAAGAACUCCAAGAAGGAAUUCUGGUUCUAGAGGACGGUCAAGGUCCAAGUCCUUACAAAAAAGGUCCAAGUCAAUAGGAAAAUCACAAUCAAGUUCACCUCAAAAGCAGACUAGCUCAGGAACAAAAUCAAGAUCACAUGGAAGACAUUCUGACUCCAUAGCAAGAUCCCCAUGUAAAUCUCCCAAAGGGUAUACCAAUUCUGAAACUAAAGCACAAACAGCAAAACACUCUCAUUUUCGAUCACAUUCCAGGUCUCGGAGUUAUCGUCAUAAAAACAGUUGGUGAACGGCAACAGAAGAGCGCUACAUAGUCUCUAAUAUAAGUUAUUAAACCUCUCAUUAUGUUAAAUAAAAAUUCUUCAAGGCUUACAGAAAACAUGAGUUCAUAUUAGUUACUUUGGGCAUGUGCAAGAAAUAAAAUCUCUCUAGCUUUGGAUUAAUAAAGAUUUGAUCUCAAUUUAAGGGCCCCACACCACAAAUUAUGAUGUGUCUAAUAUCACCAUUUUAUGGACCAUUUUUUGUUUACAUUGUUGCAGAAGGGUACUUUUCAAAGGAAAUGGGUAAAAUGGAACUAAUUUAGAAAAUUCUACUUGGAUAUUAAGUAUUAGGAAUAUUAAUAAUACCUUUUACAAAAAUAUAUUUUACUUUAAAGCACUUUACUUUCAUGUAAAAAGUAAUUAUGACUGUAUAAUUGCAUAGGGCAGACUCAAACUAUUUGACACCUUAUGUCUCUUUUUUGUCUUCUGUUUAAACUUGGACCAGUUCCUGAUAUUAGUUCAUAUUACAAAAUUCUGACAUUCCUAAAAGUAGAGAGAUCAAGCAUUCAAAAGAUACAUUCUCUCCUGAGCUCAAAAAAGGUUUUAUUUUUAUUGGGUGGAACAGUAUGGAUAAGUUGACAUUAAAUUGCGUCCUGUACCAUGUUCAUUCACUUCAGAGUAUCAAAACGUUUUAAAAAUAUUGAAUUUUGAAUUGUUCAAGAAUACUCUAAAAAUUGUGUGCAACACUCACAAUCCAUAAAUAUUCAUAUUAAGCCUUACACAUUUGAAGAGUGGUACAUUUUGUAUAAAAAUCAUAUUUUAUACCAUUAUUUCUACAUACCUACCUUUCAUCUACUGCUUAAUUUUUUCUUUUUAGAGCUCUAGCUCAAGACUUUAAAUUGUAUAGAAUAAGUCUUAUUAUUUUUGAAAGAGUGUUUAGCACCUUGUAUUAAGAAACUCGAGACUACAUCCUCAAGAAACAACUUUGCAGUAUUCAGAUUUACCUUACACUGCCCUUCAUUUUUUUUUAAACCAAAUAGCUUUAUUGAUAUUUAUUGCUUUUGUAGUUGUUAUAACUGAGAAUUAAAAAUGUGUUUGUAGUUUAUGUUUUUCAGAGGGUUUUGGUAGUAUUUGUGAUAAAAUGGUUUUGCAUAUGAUUAUUAUAGGGGAUAUAUUUAUAGAGCUCUACUUGUGUACCUUGUUGAAUUAUACUGAAAAUUAAAAGUUCUCAGCCCAUACAGUUAAUAUUUGUAUCUAGAGUGCUUAAGAAAAAAAUCUGUCUUAUAUGUUUAGCUUAUAGGAGCCAGUGUUGCUUCUAUUUGUUUCAAAUACAAAUUCCAUUUUUCUUUGCAUUUUAGAUCGUAUGUGUAAGAAACAACUUUGCAGAAUAAUUUAUAUGCUGGUAAUAUUUGGACAAGUACCAUAAUUUCAUGUAUACUGUACUUUCUGAAUUGACUUUUCUCUAUUUAAUCAUAGCAAAAUUUAUUUCAAAACUACAACUCUUUGAAGUGUUCAGCUGUAAUAAAAUUUAGUUAUAAAGUUAUGUGGCACUAUUGAAAAUUUAAAGGAUAGUCCAAAGAAAGCAAGACAUAUUAAUCAUAAUUUUUAAUAUUUUCUGAAUAAAUGUUUGGGUUUACACACACAUACAUGCAGUCAUUCCAGUACUAAGUAGGAAUUGGGUAUAGUGUCUUUACUCUGCAUUUAAUCCUUAUAUCUUAGAAAAAGCUAAUAAGGCAAAGUUUCUGAACAUGCUUAAUCCUUUGAUUUACUGCUGAUUUGGUUUUCCAUUGUAAUCCCUAGGCUGCUUAGGAGGAUACUAAUGGCUUUGAUGGAAAAACUGGAAUGAUAAUACAAAUUUUUUGAGCAUUUACUGUGUGCUUGGCACUGCUCUAUAAGUUUUACAUUAUUCACUCAUCUGUUUAAUCAUCACAACAAUUUUGUGAGGUAAAUACCACUGCAGUUGAGGAAAGAGAGAUGCAGAGAGGUUAAAUGACAUGCAGAAGGUCACACACUUUGGAGCUAGGGGGUGGCUGGGCUCCAGACUGCCUCUCCCUGACUACUGUGCUCUGUCUUUUUGGAAGAGAAAAGUCUUUGACAGAUAUAUGCUAAACCAAGGUAAUGUUUGGAGGGAAAGGAGAAAAUAGAAAAAGAAAUGAUGAUAGGCUUCAAUGAAAAUGGGUUCAGUGACUCUGGGUGGAAAUUGAUUGGCAGUUGUGCUGGUAUCCUGGAAAAUUAUCUUUUGGGUAUAUCUCUAUUCUAGGGUUCACUUUUGUUAUAAAAUUGUUUCUUGGACCAUUUAAUAAGAGAGGAUACUUAGGGUAAGGUAGUCUGUUAAUAAAGAAAGCAAAUGUUUUAGACAUCGCUGAUCAUUUCCUUUAAAGAUAAUAUAUUUACUCAGGUACUUCCCAAGUUUAGUGUAGGGUUGUUACCUAUCUUGAUUUGUUCAGGAUUAUAGAGGAUAAGUUAAUGUCAAAGGAAAUAAAGAUGGCCACUACAACUGCUUGUUUUCCUUUUACUUGUGAAUAAUACACAAAUAAUUUCUGUAUAGCAGCUGAUAUUUUGCAGCUGCAAACGUAUAAUGAAGGAAUACGCUCAAUUUUUUAUUUGAAGCCUUGGAUUUAGUCUUGUACCACUGGGCUAAUUUAUUUUUAAAUGUAAAUUAUUAACUAAUUUCAAGACUUGAUAUAUUAUUGGUAGUGUUUACUUGAGAUAGAACUAUUCUAAGCAUACUAUUGUAUUACAAAUAAAUAAGAAUUUCUGCCUUUAUUCUAAUCCCACUGCAAGAGGCAAAAUUCAUCGAAGUUUAAAGGAAGAAGUAUUUAGAAAUACUUUUUUAAUUUUUCUAAACUAUUAUUAAAGUUGUAAUUUCUUGUUUAGAGUUAAAUUUGUUUUCUAAACAGGGUGGUAUAGCGGUCUGGUGGAGAGGAUCUUGGUGUAAUGGAACCAAAGCUUCACGUUCAGGCCUUGUAGAUUUUCAAACAAGUUCAUGACUCCCAAGAGUUUUAAGGACCAGUGGUUCAGUGAGACAUAAGGGUUUUGGAAUCAGAACUUAUAUAUUUGAUUAGAAACCAUUUUCAAGUGUUAAAUGAGGAUUGUGCACCUUAGCAUCUAAAUCACUCCCUUGAUGAAAAUAGGGUAUUUAGGAUCAUAGCAUUAACUCUGGCAUUGGUCUACCAGGUUGAUUUAGGCCCUCUGGAAAAUUUAUAUCUUGAACACCUUUAAAAAGAUAUUCACAGGGGCCGGCCCAGUGGUGUAGUGGUUAAGUUCGAGUUUGCGCGCUCUGCUUCGGUGGCCCAUGGUUCACAGAUUUGGAACCCUGGGCGUGGACCUAUGGACCACUUACCAAGCCAUGCUGUGGCAGGUGUCCCACAUAUAAUAGAGGAAGAUUGGCAUGGAUGUUGGCCCAGGGCCAAUCUUCCUCAUCAAAAAACAAAGAUGUUCAUAAAAUUAAGUAUAAAGAUAAUUCCGUCAAAACCCUUUUUUAGAAAUAUAAUAUUCCCUGAUAGAAGUGCUAGAUAUUCCAGGUUGAUUUCACUUCUCUCAAGUUAAAACAGUACAUUACAAUAAUGACAAAUAGCAUUUCUUUAAAGGAAUCGUGAAAAAAGAUUGAAUAAAAUAAUGUACAUAGACUUCUAUACCCCAUCAGUAGUAUUUUCCAAAAAGAAUGGUAUUAUAAUGUUUUUGUUCUCUUGGGGAAAUGAUUAUAUGAUUAGUCUUGAAUCUUAUAUUCUAGGAAUAUACUACAACUGAACUAUGAAAAGAAAUAGUAUCAACUUGUAGAGGUAGAUGGUUGCUCAGUGGGUUAAUGGUUACCAUUUUUUAAAAGUACUGUGUGAUUUUAAGUAUGUGUUUGGUUCACAUAAUUCAAAACACCAACUCUGUUAGUUUAUAAACUAGUAAAUAGAUCACAAAUUAAAAUCAAGAAUAUCUUGCUGUAUGUCAAGUUUCAGGCUCUUUCAGAAUGCUCAUAGAAAAUUUAAAGGGUCAGUCUCUUCAGAUGAGAGAAUGCCUAGCCAGCUAUCAGUACUCAGUCCUAGAAAUGGAUUGAUUGCAUGUUCCUGUUUGAUCUUAUUUGUGUUACAGCUUGUGUAGGAUGAGUAGUUCCUCAGAA